CAGGAUGUUCCAAUGGAGCAUGGUCAUACCCAAUUAAAUAUGCAAUCUGAAGAGAGAAGACAAGCAAGAACUCCUUCCUUUGUAGAGUCUGCAGAUACUCUGGACAACCCAGCACUGAAGAGCAGAGUCCACUCCAACAGGAAGAGACAGCAUCGCUCAGCUGAGAUGACAGAGGGGUCCACGUCCUCACCAAGUGUACCAAGCAGCCACGUGAUGGCAGACACAGGAGAGUCACAACAUGAUAACGUUUUUCUAAACCCGCCUCUUCUAUCACUCUCUCCAUCUUCUUUCACUCCUUAUGGUCCCGCACCUCGAGGUGUCCUCAAACACUCCGUAUCUCAGGAUUCAGAGUCCUCAAUGGAGACGCAGACAAAAAGGAGGAGAGUUGAGGAGAACCGUCGGGUUCGUUUUUCAGAGCAGGUGAUGACUAUAGCACCACAGGCCGAGCUGGAUAUGAAUGUUACAGACUCAGAGGAGGAUUCGGUAGCAGAAGAUGACUCUAUCAUAGAGCAGGAGUUUGAGGUGGAGCCCGCAGCAGUGGAGGAACAGGUGGCACCAGCACGCCGACCUGCUCUCUCUGCCUGGAUACUAGCUCUGAAGAGGAAGAACAUGGGGAAGAAGCACUGAUAGUGACUGGAGUGACUAAAUGAGGUGAAACAUUGAAACAAGGCAAUAUUGUCUUUCUGUCUUGAGAGAUAUAUAAUGAAAAGAUUUUAUUUGGAUACCAUGUUAAGAUUAGUGUGUUGCAGUGCGCCAGAAGGUGUUUGCUGACAGGAUUACCACUGCAGGACUUUCUGCUCCCCGUCACCCUCCAGGCCACACACCAGCACUUAAUCAAAUAUUGAGUAUUUUAGUAUUACACUGCUUGGGUGCUUCAGCAGCGGUUGUUAAAAAGAUCAAAGUGACUUGUCAGACCUUCCAUGCUACUCCAGAGGCUGAAUGUAUAUGUAUAAGUCCAUGAUGUUGAGGCAAAAACAGUCAGUUUCAAUGUAUGUGGACUUUUUCUAUCCUGGAUUGGAUAAUAUACUGCCAGUGUCACAUCAGCUGAAUCAGUGUUUAGUCUAGUAUUUGGAAUGUUUUACAGCUUUUUUAUAAGAGCAGUGCAUUGUCCUUCCUUCCCCUUCAAUUUCACACUGGAAAAAACCAGCGUCAC